AUGCCAGUUGGUAGAUUUCCACAUUAUACGGCUAAAUUGAUUACUGACGAUGAUAAAACAAUUUAUAGUCAAUGGCCAAACUGUCAAGUGUGCAAAAGACAAUUUAGAUUAAAUCAGUUUGUCUUAUGCGAAACUAAACCAGUGUUAGUCAAUGGUCGUGUAGCUAAAACUAAUCACAGAUGGUAUUCAACAUAUCAAGUGUAUUAUCAUCCAAGAAAUUGUUUUGGCUUUUACAUGAGUACGGUGAAGGAUGACAAAAAACGAAUUCAAAGAUUGAGAAGAAAACAUGGUAGUGAUGAUACAACAGAUGAGUACGAUGAAGCAUACAAUGAUUUAUUAAAUAGACGUUUUGAAAAUUAUGAUCUAAUGUCUGAAACAAAUCAAACAAUAUUACAAGUUAUUAUGGAGAAGGGCGAAUAUAAAACUGACAGGAAUAAAACUAAUUCAGAUAAACGAAAACUAGACAGUGAUGAUGAUAGCAUUGAGAAAAGCAAUAAAAAACGAAAAACAAUAACUAUAUAA